AUGGUGCAGUGCUGUAGAUGUUGUUUCCACAGGUCAACCCCUAGGGAAACAAUGGCAUGGUCUGAGUCGGUGGACACGCUACUAGCAAAUAAAGACGGCUUGGCUGCCUUUAGAACAUUCCUGAAGUCUGAGUUCAGUGAGGAGAACAUUGACUUCUGGAUGGCCUGUGAGGACUUCAAGAAAACUAAGUCUUCUGCUAAAAUUGCCUCAAAAGCCCAAAAGAUUUAUUCAGAAUUUAUCCGGGCUGAUGCUCCAAGGGAGAUUAAUAUUGACUUCACUACCAGAGACCACAUCUCUCAGAAUAUCUCGGAACCAACCCUGAAAUGUUUUGAUGAUGCUCAGAGACUGAUCUACAGUCUCAUGGCCAAGGACUCUUUCCCUAGGUUUCUAAGGUCAGAAGUUUAUAAGGAACUGGUAAAUAAGCAACAGAAUGGAAACCAGAAAAGAUGGCUCCCAUUUUUGUGA